AUUCCUCAAAGAUGUGGUAUUGCACUUCCUUCACUUCACUGCAUUUCCAAGCUUAGCUAAGCUUUGAAGUACUUCUUCUACUCCUUCUUUCUACUGAACCUUGUUUUACACAGUACAAGAUAGGAAAAAAGGAACACACCCUCUCUUAUCUCUAUCAUACCAAAAGCUAACAAGAUCAUCCCAAGCUAUGAGCGAAGACACAAAGAAGAACAUUGCCGCAGCUCUAACGGCAAGGCCUAAUUCCGAUGACCGAAAGCCAUCACCGCCGGCGGCGCCACCCACCCCCACCAAAAAAGUCAUCAUCAAAAGUGCUGAUAUGAUUCCCGACAUGCAGAAAGAGGCCGUUGACAUCGCCGUCGCCGCGUUUGAGAGGUGCAAUGUGGAGAAAGAUGUUGCGGAGCAGAUAAAGAAGGAGUUCGAUAAUAGGCAUGGCCCCACUUGGCAUUGCAUUGUUGGUCGUAAUUUCGGCUCAUAUGUGACUCAUGAAACAAACCACUUCGUUUAUUUCUAUUUGGAUCAGAAAGCGGUUUUACUUUUUAAAUCUGGCUAGCCAUAUUGUGAUGGUGGCAAAGAAGUUUACAGCAACGGGAAUUGUCUUGUGAUUGAUUAUGCUGCUAUAUAUAAGUCAUAUCCAUGUAUUAAUUCCACUGGCAUACAAACUCUUUGCAGGACAUUCUUGUGCUUGUUGUAUAUUUGUGUCAUGUAAACUAGUUCUCCAAUUUGGAUAAUGAAUUUGAAA